UAGUCAUUUUCGGCAGUCGAGUUAUUUUCGAGCAGAUUUCUUGGUGUGUCAUUUCAAUCACUUUUUUCGCUUUUAAACAUUAUAAAAAUCGGUAAAACAUGUUAAUUAUUUUAUGGAAAUUGUCACGAAGAAGUGCAGAUUGGUAUACGGGCCGUUGUUAGUGUUUAAAGAGUAUCAACAUACAAAAUAAUACAUAGUCAAUUUUCCUCUGCUCAAUAAAUUUUUCUGUUGUUGCUUUCGUCGUCGACGUCGCUGCCUUCAAUUCAAUUCUUUUUCGAGCUAAUGUCACUGCCGCUGUUGACUGCGCUGCCGCCGUCGCCUAUGUUAUAUUAAGGAAGAAUAAACCUGUGAACAUUGCUGUUUUUAAUAAAUUGUGUUUAAUAAAUAUAUAGUAGAAACAACAAACAAAGUUGGCAUUAACUACACAAAAAAAUUAGUUACCUAAUGUAAUAGUUGGGAUUACUAACAACUCAUUACAUUUUCUAAUUUAAAAAAUAAUAAAAAAUAUCACUUCUUAUUAGCUAAUGUUAAACGGCGGUGUUGUAGGUGCAACCAUAAAAUAGCUUUGUAGUGAGUUCAACAAAUUCGGAGUAGUGGCAACAGUAUAAUUAUAUGUUCUAAUUACUUGACAAGUAUAGAGUCGGGCAUCUACGCUGACACGAUUCAACUGACCCGAAUCCCAAGUGGUGUGCUUCAACUCAAGGCAAGCGUUGUAUCUUACGUCGAACUGGCUGUAACACAAUUUUGGAAAGCUUUUGCAACAGAAAAGCCAGCAAAAUGUCGCAGCCACUCAUCGUCCAAGCAGAGUACUCCUUUAAGGGCGGCAAUAAUGACGAAUUGUGCUUUAAGAAAGGCGACCUCAUCACAGUCACUCAGCGCGAAGAGGGCGGCUGGUGGGAGGGCACACUCAACGAUAAGACUGGCUGGUUUCCCAGCAACUAUGUUAACGAAUACAAGGCACCUUUGCCGCUCACAGAAACGAUACGACCACCAGAGGAGAUACAGGAGUACCGUUCCGUUGUGCUGAAAGAUCUUCUCGACUCUGAACGGGCACAUGUUGCCGAGGUUCAAGGUCUCCUGGAAAAUUUUCUCGAACCACUACAGCAGGCGCAAAUUCUCACCGCCGAUGAAUACGCCCAGUUGAUGUGUAAUUUCGUAGAAGUCGUGAAGACACAUGAUGAACUACUCAAACAGAUGGAAGAAUGCAAUGAUCGGGUUGGUAAAUUGUUUCUAACAAAGGCACCGCACAUGAAACUGGUACAUCAAGCCUACUGUGCAGCCCACCCGAAGGCCAUUGUCAUACUCGAUAAGCACAAAGACGAAUUGGAGAAGUAUAUGGAGCGGCAAGGGGCUGCCUCGCCUGGUCUGUUGGUUUUAACAACGGGUCUCUCGAAACCUUUCCGCCGGCUCGAUAAAUAUUCUGCCAUGCUUCAGGAACUCGAGCGACAUAUGGAGAGCAGCCAUCCGGAUCGAGGUGACACACAACGAAGCGUUGCCGUGUACAAGGAUAUUGCGGCGGCAUGUUCAGCUACGAGGCGACAGAAGGAACUCGAGCUGCAGGUGUUAACGGGGCCAGUUCGCGGUUGGCAAGGGCAAGAGCUUAGCACUUUAGGUGACAUAAUACACAUGGGCAGCGUUGCUGUCGGGCCGGAUCACAGAGAUCGGUACUUUGUGCUUUUCCCACAAACUUUGCUGAUACUCAGUGUUAGUCAAAGAAUGAGUGCCUUUAUUUAUGAGGGGAAACUGCCUCUAACGGGUAUCAUUGUGAACCGUCUCGACGAUAGUGACACAGUGAAAAAUGCCUUUGAAAUUAAUGGACCCUUGAUUGAGCGUAUCGUUGCUGUGUGCCAAGGGCCCAACGAAGCGAAUAGAUGGGUCGAGCUCUUGACUUCUGCAAACCCAACUAUGCCAAUUGGUAUCAAACGGCAACUAAGCAAUCUUAGCAAUAAAUCGAUGAGCGGCAGUAGUAGUGGGCAUGCACCUCAACCUCCACCACAUAUGUCUCCACCCGCGAACCUCGGCAUGCUGGGGGCGCAGCGCACAAACUCCCAAAGCUCAGCGGCGCCGACAACGUCAAUGGGCACGUCCCUGUCGCAUCCGUCACAACACAAACGGAGCCUGUCGUUCAACCACCACCUCAGCUACAAUCAAUACACGCACAGUCAGCCUCCACCACCUCAUCAUCAUCUUCCACCACCACAACCAAAUCCACAAAAUCAUCCGGUGGCACCAAACCACAAAUCAAGUUUAGCCCCGACAUCGAGCAAUUUUUCAAAGAGCCAGUACCUAGCAGCAGUGGGGGGAAGCACAAGCGCAAAGAUAGGAAACACAAGAGCUAAUUGGAGUAUAACGAAUCUGCGUCCAGCACCGCCUCUGCGCCCCAAUUUACUAAAUGCGACGACGCAAAGCGGCAGUGGCGUCACCAGCGGUAGCGGAAGCGCCAACGCGUUGGCUAGCUACUGCAGCGGCCGACGAACGCAGCCAACUUUCGAGGAGGAUGUGCUGGUUUUGAGAGUUUUUGAAGGCUAUUGUGCUGCCUACCAGAACACCACACGCAACACUAUACAUUCGGCACUGCAACCGUGGACGCCCUGCUUGCCGAUACGCGGCGGAAAGCUGCAGACCAGCAAAACCUUUUCAACAUCAAAUCCACAACUGCCACACCUGUGCAAUACAGGCGUCCCAUUUCCGGGCAACAGCGGCGCAACUAACCAACAAAAUUCCACAAACAGCCUGAAUUCCUCGUACAUUUGGCGGGAGGCGAGUCCAAACUAUUUCAAUCUAUAUUCUAGUUCAGUUUCAUCGUUGAAUGCAACAACAACAGGAGUAAGCGGCGGUGCGAAUGCCGGUGGCUACCGCUAUUCACUUUCUGGCGCCACCACCACAAAUGCCGGCAGUGGCCCUUCUAGUCUGCCAAUAUACGAACGUGCACUCUCAGAGGAGCGCGCAACCCGUAAAUCACUCAAUCGCAUGAAGAGCGGCUUUGGUUCGGGAUAUGAUAACAUUUUUAUGACACCACUGUUGCCACGCAAGAACAAACCAUCUCCUAAGCUCGUGAAAAAUAGCUACCAAACCCACCAGCGGUCUCCACCGCCUUCGUCUACAUCGUUGCGCAAUCGUAGCGAUUCGGAACGACUCGACUUAACACCUCUAACGAUUACGGAGCAGGAGCCGCCACCUCAGCGACAGUUACAAAAGCAACAGCGUCCACCAGCGCCAGGUCUUUACGACCGCCGCUUGAAUCGUUCCUUUGAGACGACGGUUUCCCAUCGUUACGCCGGCUACGGCGGCGGAUACAUAAUGUCCGGCUACGGCCCGUCCACCGGCUAUAAAACGACACCACUGCGACGCAGCACACCGCAAUUAGCCGGCGGUGAAGAUGUGGUUGACAACGGGCGAGACAGCGACGACGUCGAGGACGGACCGCAUGGCUGUAGCGCUGCACUGUUGCGCAACGGUAGUAGCGUGGGAAAUUGCACAGCCGGCGAUCAUGAGGCGAGCACCAGCGCAGACGGCGACAGCCAACGUCAUUCGGGCAGCUGGUGUUGCGGUAAUUUUGUUAUGAAGCAAUGGCGCAAAAUGAACAAUUAUUGAUUGUUAGGUGGCUGCAUAGAGACGCUUAAUGCACGCUUGCUGACAGCGUGUUUACUAGCGCCGUCAGUGCUGUCAUAUCGCUGCUGCUCAUUUCUAAUUUGCUGCAUUUUGCGUGCUGCUUCUCUUGUGCUGUGCCACAGCCGUUAGUUAAUUAAUUUUUUGUUGUGCAAGCGCUGCAGUUAAAUUAGCUAAAUGUGUAUGUAGUGGAUAAGUCAGAUUUUGUAUAUGUACAUAUGUCUUAGUAUUAGUUGUAGGCAUACUAUUCGGUGAUAGAGGCUUCGCGCAUGCGCAGAACAGAAGUAAAAGUUUGUAUUGACUUUUAUGACACAAAAUUGAAUUUAGCUAUAACGUUUGAUACACUUAAACUAAAAUAUAUAUACAUAUAUAUGUAUAUAUUUUUAUUAUAUUGACAAUUAAGAGAAUCGGGCCAUCGCAAUAGCUUUAUUUUUGCUUAUAUUUAUUCACAUAUUGUGUUUUAAUAUGCAUACGGUUUGGUUUUGUAAAUAUUCAAGUUUAAAGUUGCUAUCCACUUUUUACAUUUAUGAAAUGUAUGCCUUACAUAAUAUAUGACCUAUACAAUAAGUUAAUACACUUAAUUUAUAAAUAAUAUUUUUAUACUAUGUAAAUUUCCAAACAUGCAUUAAUUGAAAUCUAUUAUACAUAUUUACGUAUGUAUGUAUGUAUGUAUGUAUACUUGGAGCAGUUGUUACUCAUAUUAUUUCGUAUGAAGAGAAUCAGUUCGAACUUUUGACAAAGCCGGAGUCAGUCUUAAAUUUUAUAAUUCAUUCUUAAAUUAAAUUAAUUAUUAAUUUAAAUAAUUUAAUGAAAUUAGUAGCUCAGUUAGGUUUCCAAAACCGCUUUCCGAAACAUCCCAGUUUUAAUGAAAUUGAAUACUCAAAGAAAAUCGUUUUUUUUUUGCAUUAAAUAAUGUUGACAGUGCAAAAAAAGUUAUAUUCUGCUCUCUGUUAAACUUAACCUCCAAACCCCUGAAUGAAUAAAUGUGAGAAAUUAGUAAAAUGCAUUUCUAGCCAAAUAUCUACGUUUUAUAGCCAAACUGAGACUGUCUGAAGAAUUGUACAAUACGUAUCAAUAUAAUUGAAUAUAGCCGUUAAUUCUAAAUGCUGCUCGCAUUGCUUGCCCUUUGCCAUAAGUGACCUAUACGCAGUUGCCACAUUUUAGGAUAAUUCGUUCUGCCGCAGCGAAUGCGGUCAACUGAGAAACUCAGCCCCAAUGAUUUAACAAUUUAUUGAGAUGAUUGACUUUCAAUAUUUUUUAUUGAUAGAUAUUGAUAUUUUUAUUGACUAUGUGCAGCACUAUGUGCUCUGUAUGACAGGCAAGCAGCUGUGCAGUAUUCCUCCGAAAAUUGAAAAAAAUAUAGAAAAUUAAAUGUUCAAGGAAGAGGAGGAAUGCAUGUUCUUGAUAAAAUAUCACCUUCUAGUGUACUUUCCUUAGUCAUUUUUUCUGUUAAUCACAUUUUGUUAUAUUUAUAAUAAUUUUUUUUUUAGAUAAUUUUGUUACUAACUCCUACCAAAGACGUAAAACGAAUCAAAGAAGAGGUUUAUUACUUUUAAGUCUUGUACCGCUCAGUGAAUGGGCGUAUACCAUGAAUACAAUAACAAUUUGCAAAAACAAAAAUAACAAUAUAUAAUAUUGAAAUCGUGUAUGCUUUAAAUGUUAUUGCAGUGAAAAUUAUGUAUAUGUGUAUUGAAAUUUGUAUGUAUGUAAUACAAAACGCAAAUGUAUGUACAAUUGAAAUGUACUUGCUAAUCUUUAAGUUAGCCUGGAGUCUUUUAAGUAACUAAUACUAAGUCAUCAUGAACCAGUGUGUGAGGUUUCACAUUGAAAUUAAUGCAAAAACAAAAAAACAAAAACAACAAUAAAUCCAUAAUACAAACUGAA